GUGCUCUGCCAUAUGUGACAAUGACUUCCAAUAAAAUCCCAAGUUCAAGAACAUUGGGAUACGGCGGCACUCCAAAAUCUUUAUAAAAAGGUGAAAUGAGGUGACGUCUUUUUGUCCUUUUUAUUAUUUUUUGAAUGGGAGUGCCACUGUUUCCCAACUUCUUGAACUGUUUGUGUUAAUAUCAGAGAGUAUACGCCCCUUAUAAUCUUUAUUGCUACAGAUGAAUACUUAUUGACCAGUGAGUCUCAAUCCUUCCUCAGAUGACUUUCUGAGUCUCCAUAGUGUUCAGACCUCCACCUGUUCAGACCAUCACCAUACAGGUAAGUGAAAUACAACUACGCACACUCAAUACACACAAACAAAGAUACACAGACACACACAUAAGGAUACACAGACUGAGCGUCUGCUAAAUGGCAUUUAUACAGUAUAUAUAUUAUUUAUAAAAGGAAGACGUAUUUGACACAGUCUUUGACCCAGACACACAUAUACACAGUCAACGUAGGCUAGCUACUCAAGUACUUAGAACUCAAUGUUAAAUGGACACAAGUCAAAACAUUAUCUAAGUGAGGGAGAGGCUAAGGCACUGGUAAGCUCGACAGGAACUGAGCAGAGGUGCUUGGACUAAAAGGUAAGAGAAACAAUGAGAUUUUUAAAUUGAGAACAGCCACAGAGCACUAGGACAGCUGGAUUCACCCUACAACAAACAGGUGAGAUUACCUGCCUGUGUUAGGUAGAUACAGUAUAUACAUUUAGACAGGUGUGUGUACACCAUCAGUGUACCUAUUCUCUCUCAUCCAUUUUUUCUCUUCUUUGCUACUUGUCUAGUUCACAGGAUGUUGACGUUUACGUUGCUGCUCCUGGCUUUGUCAAGUAAGAAUCUGAACGUUUUGAAUCUUUCUUUUCUUUUGACAGACGAGAUUCCUGACAUUUUGAAUAACUGAAAUAUUACAGUUUAUUACUGCUUGUGCAAAAUUACUACAUUUCAUCAUAUCAAUGUACUGUAACUUUGGACUUAUUCUUGACAUUGAUUUAGCUCUUUUGGACUUUGUUACAAUAAAUUCUUAUCAUGUUAGACAAUUUGUCUGGCACAGUGGUUAAUAAUUGUACAAAUAGGGCAGCGGUUCCUUCUCUAUGUAUGUUCUUAUCUGAUCAAAAUAAGCUCAUGCCUUGGAUACCAAGGUCAAAGUUCAAGGACAGUGUGUUUGUGUGCUGGCAUGCAUGCAUAUAGGGUAUGUGUGUGCCCGUGUGCAUGUGUGUGCGUGCAUGAGUAUGUGCCUUUUUGCAAGUGUGUGUAUGUAUGAAUCUGACCAUGCCUUCCCCCACUUUUGCUCCAGAUGAUAAUAUUUACUGAUUGUAUGUUGUGUCCCCCCAGGUCUCCAUGCUGCCCCACUGAGGGAUGAUGUAGUGGCACCCCCUAGAGGUAGGCUUCAGGAUCACAAGGUCCUGGUUUUUCCCCGGAGUGUCCCAGUGAGGGAUCAUGUAGUUGCACCCCCUAGAGGUAGGCUUCAGGAUCGCAAGGUCCUGGUUCUGCCCCGGAGUGUCCCAGUGGAGGAGCGCAGACAGGGAACAGAGCCCUCCAGACGCUUCAUCAUGGACCUGAACACUGGCCUCGUCAAGGAACACAUCAGCGAGAUGGACAGGAGAGUGGGACACAGUAAGCACAGCUUUUCUGGCAGUCCUACAGACAUUCGCUAUGGAAGCUAAUGCUUGCUGAAAACAGUGUAACGGAUAUUGGUGAAAACAGUGUAACAGAUAUUGCUGAAAACAGUGUAACAGAUAUUGCUGAAAACAGUGUAACAGAUAUUGCUGAAAACAGUGUAACAGAUUUAGCUGAAAACAGUGUAACAGAUAUUGCUGAAAACAGUGUAACGGAUUUAGCUGAAAACAGUGUAACAGAUAUUGCUGAAAACAGUGUAACGGAUUUUGCUGAAAACAGUGUAACAGAUAUUGCUGAAAACAGUAUAACUGAUAUUGCUGAAAACAGUGUAACAGAAAUUGCUGAAAACAGUGUAACAGAUAUUGUGUCUGUAUAUUUCUCUCUCUCCAGUGUACGUUCCUCCCUCUGUGGAUGAGUUCAGACAGGGAACCGAGAACUCCCAGAAAACUCUGGUGGACAUCAGGAGCGGACGCAUAAUCAAACCUGUUGGAGAGAUGGCGAGAAGCAUGAAACUGACACCUCAGGGUGAGAGAGUGUGUGUUUAUGUGUGUGUGUGUGUGUUUAUGUGUAAGAGAGAGAGAAUAUACUAAAACGUUCUUGAGCACUUAACCCAUUUAUUUCCUAUCCAGAGCCUAUGGAGGUCCCAGUCCCAGUCCAGAGGAGAGUGGGAGGAUGGGUGAGGGCUGAUGUUCUGCCCCGGAGUGUUCCAGUGGAGGAGCGCAGACAGGGAACAGAGCCCUCCAGACGCUUCAUCAUGGACCUGAACACCGGCCUCGUCAAGGAACACAUCAGCGAGAUGGACAGGAGAGUGGGACACAGUAAGCACAGCUUUUCUGGCAGUCCUACAGACAUUCGCUAUGGAAGCCAAUGCUUGCUGAAAACAGUGUAACAGAUAUUGCUGAAAACAGUGUAACAGAUAUGGCUGAAAACAGUGUAACUAAUAUUGCUGAAAACAGUGUAACAGAUAUUGCUGAAAACAGUGUAACUGAUAUUGCUGAAAACAGUGUAACAGAAAUAGCUGAGAACAGUGUAACUGAUAUUGCUGAAAACAGUGUAACAGAUAUUGUGUCUGUAUAUUUCUCUCUCUCCAGUGUACGUUCCUCCCUCUGUGGAUGAGUUCAGACAGGGAACCGAGAACUCCCAGAAAACUCUGGUGGACAUCAGGAGCGGACGCAUAAUCAAACCUGUUGGAGAGAUGGCGAGAAGCAUGAAACUGACACCUCAGGGUGAGAGAGUGUGUGUUUAUGUGUAAGAGAGAGAGAAUAUACUAAAACUUUCUUGAGCACUUAACCCAUUUAUUUCCUAUCCAGAGCCUAUGGAGGUCCCAGUCCCAGUCCAGAGGAGAGUGGGAGGAUGGGUGAGGGCUGAUGUUCUGCCCCGGAGUGUUCCAGUGGAGGAGCGCAGACAGGGAACAGAGCCCUCCAGACGCUUCAUCAUGGACCUGAACACCGGCCUCGUCAAGGAACACAUCAGCGAGAUGGACAGGAGAGUGGCACCAGGUACAGGGCUUUGAAAUGUUGCAUUAUCCUGAAAAGUGAAUCUCCUAGGAAAAUGACAUUUAUUAAAAAAAAAUACAUUUAGGGUUUGAUAUAUUGUCUCUCUCCAGUGUACACUCCUCCCUCUGUGGAUGAGUACAGACAGGGAACCGAAAACUCCCAGAAAACUCUGGUAGACAUCAGGAGCGGACGCAUCAUCAGGCCUGUUGGACAGAUGGAAAGAAGCAAUAGACUGAUACCUCAGGGUGAGAGAGAGAGAUCCCAAAGUACAACAGAAGUUUUUCUUUUUGAUAUACAGCACCAGUCAAAAGUUUGGACACACCUACUCAUUCAAGGGUUUUUCUUUAUGUUUUUACUAUUUUCUACAUUGUAGAAUAAUAGUGAAGACAUCAAAACGAUGAAAUAACACAUAUGGAAUCAUGUAGUAACCCAAAAAGUGUUAAACAAAUCAAAAUAUAUUUUAUGUGUGAGGUUCUUCAAAUAGCCACCCUUUGCCUUGAUGACAGCUUUGCACACUCUUGGCAUUCUCUCAACCAGCUUCACCUGGAAUGCUUUUCCAACAGUCUUGAAAGAGUUCCCACAUAUGCUGAGCACUUGUUGGCUGCUUUUCCUUCACUCUUCACCUUCACUGCCAUCCGACUCAUCCCAUCCGACUCAUCCCAAACCAUCUCAAUUGGGUUGAGGUCGGGGGAUUGUGGAGGCCAGGUCAUCUGAUGCAGCACUCCAUCACUCUGCUUCUUGGGAAAAUAGCCCUUACACAGCCUGGAGGUGUGUUGGGUCAUUGUCCUGUUGAAAAACAAAUGAUGGUCCCACUAAGCCCAAACCAGAUGGGAUGGCGUAUCGCUGCAGAAUGCUGUGGUAGCCAUGCUGGUUAAGUGUGCCUUGAAUUCUAAAUAAAUCACAGACAGUGACACCAGCAAAGCACCCCCACACCAUAACACCUCCUCCUCCAUGCUUUACGGUGGGAACUACACGUGCGGAGAUAAUCCGUUCACCCACACCGUGUCUCACAAAGACACGGCGGUUGGAACCAAAAAUCUCCAAUUUGGACUACAGACCAAAGGACAAAUGUCCACCAGUCUAAUGUCCAUUGCUCGUGUUUCUUGGCCCAAGCAGGUCUCUUCUUAUUAUUCAAAUCAAAUCAAAUUGUAUUUGUCACAUGCGCCGAAUGCAACAGGUGUAAACCUUACAGUGAAAUGCUUACUUACAAGCCUUUAACCAACAACGCAGUUUUAAGAAAGAAUACCAAAAAAAUCACACAAAUAAAUACAAUAUAAAAUAAUAUGAAAUAAAAGUUACAAAUGAUUAAAGAACAGCAGUAAAAAUAACAAUAGCGAGGCUAUAUACAGGGGGUACCGGUACCGAGUCAAUGUGCAGUGGCACCGGUUAGUCGAGGUAAUUUAGGUAAUAUGUACAUGUAGGUUAUUAAAGUGACUAUGCAUAGAUAAUAAACAGAGUGUAGCAGCAGCAUAAAAGGGGGGGGCAAUGCAAAUACUCUGGGUAGCCAUUUGAUUAGAUGUUCAGGAGUCUUAUGGCUUGGGGGUAGAAGCUGUUUAGAAGCCUCUUGGACCUAGACUUGGCGCUCCGGUACCGCUUGCCGUGCGGUAGCAGAGAGAACAGUCUAUGACUAGGGUGGCUGGAGUCUUUGACAAUUUUUAGGGCCUUCCUCUGACACCGCCUGGUAUAGAGGUCCUGGAUGGCAGGAAGCUUGGCCCCAGUGAUGUACUGGGCCGUACACACUACCAUCUGUAGUGCUUUGCGGUUGGAGGCCGAGCAGUUGCCAUACCAGGCAGUGAUGCAACCAGUCAGGAUGCUCUCGAUGGUACAGCUGUAGUACCUUUUGAGGAUCUGAGGACCCAUGCCAAAUCUUUUCAGACUCCUAGGUUUUGUCGUGCCCUCUUCACGACUGUCUUGGUGUGCUUGGACCAUGUUAGUUUGUUGGUGAUGUGGACACCAAGGAAAUUGAGGCUCUCAACCUGCUCCACUACAGCCCUGUCAAUGAGAAUGGGGGCGUGCUCAGUCCUCUUCUUUGUCUUGAUCACGUUGAGGGAGAGGUUGUUGUCCUGGCACCACACGGCCAGGUCUCUGACCUCCUCCCUAUAGGCUGUCUUGUCGUUGUCGGUGAUCAGGCCUACCACUGUUGUGUCAUCUGCAAACUUAAUGAUGGUGUUGGAGUCGUGCCUGGCCAUGCAGUCAUGAGUGAACAGGGAGUACAGGAGGGGACUAAGCACGCACUCCUGAGGGGCCCACAUGUUGAGGAUCAGCGUGGUGGAUGUGUUGUUACCUACCCUUACCACCUGGGGGCGGCCCGUCAGGAAGUCCAGGAUCCAGUUGCAGAGGGAGGUGUUUAGUCCCAGGGUCCUUAGCUUAGUGAUGAGCUUUGAGGGCACUAUGGUGUUGAACGCUGCGCUGUAGUCAAUGAAUAGCAUUCUCACAUAGGUGUUCCUUUUGUCCAGGUGUGAAAGGGCAGUGUGGAGCGCAAUAGAGAUUGCAUCAUCUGUGGAUCUGUUGGGUCGGUAUGCAAAUUGUAGUGGGUCUAGGUUUUCUGGGAUAAUGGUGUUGAUGUGAACCAUGACCAGCCUUUCAAAGCACUUCAUGGCUACAGACGUGAAGUGCAGGUUACCUUAGUGUUCUUGGGCACAAGGACUAUGGUGGUCUGCUUGAAACAUGUUGUUAUUACAGACUCAGACAGGGAGAGGUUGAAAAUGUCAGUGAAGACACUUGGUCACUUGGUCAGCGCAUGCUCGGAGUACACGUCCUGGUAAUCCGUCUGGCCCUGCGGCCUUGUGAAUGUUGACCUUCAUGAGGUAGUCAUCAUGAGGUAGUCACCUGGAAUGCAUUUCAAUUAACAGGUGUGCCUUCUUAAAAGUUAAUUUGUGGAAUUUCUUUCCUUCUUAAUGCGUUUGAGCCAAUCAGUUGUGUUGUGACAAGGUAGGGGUGUAUACAGAAGAUAGCCCUAUUUGGUAAAAGACCAAGUCCAUAUUAUGUCAAGAACAGCUCAAAUAAGCAAAGAGAAACGAAAGUCCAUCACUACUUUAAGACAUGAAGUUCAGUCAAUCCGGAAAAUAUCAAGAACUUUUAAAGUUUCUUCAAGUGCAGUCGCAAAAACCAUCAAGCGCUAUGAUGAAACUGGCUCUCAUGAGGACUGCCACAGGAAAAGAAGACCCAGAGUUACCUCUGCUGCAGAGGAUAAGUUCAUUAGAGUUAACUGCACCUCAGAUUGCAGCCCAAAUAAAUGCUUCACAGAGUUCAAGUAACAGACACAUCUCAACAUCAACUGUUCAGAUGCGUGGAUCAGGCCUUCAUGGUUGAAUUGCUGCAAAGAAAACACUACUAAAGGACACCAAUAAGAAGAAGAGACUUGCUUGGGCCAAGAAACAUGAGCAAUGGACAUUAGACCGGUGGAAAUCUGUCCUUUGGUCUGAUGAGUCCAAAUUUGAGAUUUUUGGUUCCAACCGCCAUGUCUUUGUGAGACGCAGAGCAGGUGAAUGGAUGAUCUCCGCAUGUGUGGUUCCCACCAUGAAGAAUGGAGGAGGAGGUGUGAUGGUGUAGGGGUGCUUUGCUGGUGACACAGUCUGUAAUUUAUUUAAAAUUCAAGGCACACUUAACCAGCAUGGCUAACACAACAUUCAGCAGCGAUACGCCAUCCCAUCUGGUUUGCGCUUAGUGGAACUAUCAUUUGUUUUUCAACAGGACAAUGACCCAAAACACACCUCCAGGCUGUGUAAGGGCUAUUUGACCAAGAAGGAGAGUGAUGGAGUGCUGCAUCAGAUGACCUGGCCUCCACAAUCACCCAACCUCAACCCAAUUGAGAUGGUUUGGGAUGAGUUCGACCACAGAGUGAAGGAAAAGCAGCCAACAAGUGCUCAGCAUAUGUGGGAACUCCUUCAAGACUGUUGGAAAAGCAUUCCUCAUGAAGCUGGUUGAGAGAAUGCCAAGAGUGUGCAAAGCUGUCAUCAAGGCAAAGGGUGGCUACUUUGAAGAAUCUAAAAUCUAUUUUGAUUUGUUUAACACUUUUUUGGUUACUACAUGAUUCCAUAUGUGUUAUUUCAUCGUUUUGAUGUCUUCACUAUUAUUCUACAAUGUAAAUUUUUUAAAAAUAAAGACAAACCCUUGAAUGAGUAGGUGUGUCCAAACUUUUGACUGGUAGUGUAUAUAUUAUAUACCUAUAUAUAUAUAUAUAUAUAUAUAUAUUCAUAUCCAUUUCUAAAAGCCUGUCCGCUUGAAUUGCUUAUUCAGUGGCCCUAUCUUUCUCCCUGUAGAUGUGAGGCUGGUCGAGGCUGAGGUUGAGGUCAGGAGUGUUCCAGUGGAGGAGCGCAGACAGGGAUCAGAGCCCCCCAGACGCUUCAUCAUGGACCUGAACACUGGCCUCGUCAAGAAACACGUCAGUGAAAUGGACAGGAGAGUGGCACCAGGUACAGGGCUUUGAAAUGUUAAAUUUUUCGGAAAGGUAAUCUCUAAAAAAUGAAAUAACUAUUGGUAUUUAGGGUUAUAUACACUGUGUGUACAAAACAUUAAGAACACCUUCCUAAUAUUGAGUUGGGGCAUGGACUCUACAAGGUGUCGAAAGUGUCCCACAGGGAUGCUGGCCCAUGUUUACUCCAAUGCUUCCCACAGUUGUGUCAAGUUGGCUUGAUUUCCUUUGGGUGGUGGACCAUUGUUGAUACAAACAGGAAACUGUUGAGCAUGAAAAACCCAGCAGCGUUGAAGUUCUUGACACAAACCGGUGCACCUGGCACCUACUACCAUAUCCUGUUCAAAGGCACUUAAAUAUUUUGUCUUGCCCAUUCACCUUCUGAAUGGCACCGAUACAGAAUCCAUGUUUCAAUUGUUUCAAGGCUUAAAAAUAAUUAUUUAACCUGUCUCCUCCCCUUCAUCUACACUGAUUGAAGUGGAUUUAACAAGUGACAUCAAUUAGGGAUCAUAGCUUUCACCUGGAUUCAUCUGGUCAGUCUAUGUCAUGGAAAGGAGUUCAUAAUGUUUUGUACACUAUGUACAUUCUCUUUCUCUCUCUCCAGUGUACAUUCCUUUCUCUGUGGACGAGUUCAGACAGUGUGUGUACAGUUUGUGUGUGUUAUGUUUGCGUACUGACGGAGUAUGCUUGCUCUCCUUCUCCCUGUAGAUGACAGGCUGGUGAGAGCUAAGGCUGAGACUCACUCAGAGACAGAGUGUGUUGGUGAGGUCAUCGAUGGCCACUGCUAUCAGUUCAACCCCACACUAAUGACCUUCAGUGAGGCAGAGGUGAAAUAUACACCCAGUCAGUCACAUUCGCUUUUCUCUCAAACAAACAGCUGUCCUAAUAUUUGUGUGUGUGUGCGUCCAGUCCUCCUGCAGCGUUCUCUCCCCUCACGGACACCUGGCCUCCGUAACCAACGGCGACCUGCACUCCCGCCUGGUCUCCAUGGUGACCAAGGCCACCAAGAGCCCCGUCCUCACCUGGCUAGGUGGAGUCGUGAAGGUCAGUAUUCCAUCACCCCCUCACUCUUGUCCAAUCAGAAUGUCUAAUAGUAAACAAGCCAUUUUCCAAGAGUUUUAAUAGUGUGUGUGUGUGUGUUGUGACCCCUGCAGGAUGAGCAGUCAGAGUGGACCGACGGGUCCGCCUGGGGCUACAGUGACUGGAUGCCCGGUCACCCAGACACACAGACAGACAAGCAGGCUUGUCUGGAGAUGUUCAGAAUUGGUGAGACUCAUACCUUUAAACAGUAUUUCAUAUCUAUAUUGACAACCUUUUAAGUAUUAGCAAUAUAAUAUUUUCUAAGUGACAGUGAUAUCAAUAACAGGUUAUAUUGUGAAAUGCUACCUUUGAGACUGUUGAUAAAUAAGGCUAUAAAUCAUAAAAAGUCUGGGAAGGACCCAGAUCAACUUGGUUUUGGUUAUGUGAGCAUGUUAUAUGAUAAGAUUGAGUUCUGUUCUUUCACGACCAUAAAAUUCUGAUACCGUUUUAAUCAACAGGUCUAUUAGACACAAUCAAAGUUAGAUCCUUAAAAUGUGAUGAUAUGGUAUACGAGUGGUCCAUUUAACAACAAUGUCCUUUGUUCCCUCUCCCAGAUGAGAGCUGGUGGACAGCAGUGGACUGUGAACUGAAGAGAGCUUCCAUCUGCUCCUUCCCCAUGGCAGCAUAAGAGGCCUGCACUAACUGUAGAAUUAGAACAAGUAGAAUGGACAUUACAAUGUAUUAUGAAAGGGACUGGUCACUCGAUGGCAAGUUGCAACAUACAUAGCAAGCAACAAAACCUGUUGGAGACAAACACAACAGAAAAGUGAAAUUAACUAUUUCCCCCCCCUGAUUGGUAGCGAUAUCAGGUCUCACUAGUAACCAACACAUGGAGUGUUCUAUUGAUGUGUUCUAUUCUGCCACCAUCUUGAGUGACAUUAAAAAACACAUGGAUUUGUAUAACUAUAUCCAUUCUACACAUUCUGUUUCCAUGCAGUAAUCAUGUGAACAACCAUAAAACAUCUGCAUCCUGUUUGUAUUAAGUUGUAUGUCCUCCCUUAAAAUAAAAACGGAGUAUUUUACA